AUCUGACACUGACAGUUAUAGUGACAGCCCAUUUUGGACAUCUGUCAAACAAAAGUCAAAGUGUGGCUGGACUGGUGAUCGUGCCGUGCAAAACAAAACGGGAAUUAUUGUAAUAAGGCCCCCACCACCAGCUUUCACCAUGGGUACCGCGAUGUUUGCGAGGGUCUCGUUCUACCCCACUCUCCUGUACAAUGUUCUCAUGGAGAAGGUCACAGCACGGAGGUGGUAUGACCGGAUGGAUGACACCGUGAUCCUGGGAGCCCUCCCGUUCCAGGGCAUGACGAGACAGCUAAUUGAAGAGGAGAACCUAAAAGGAGUGGUGUCAAUGAACGAGACGUAUGAACUGAAGGUGUUUUCAAAUGAUGCUGAGAAAUGGCGCGAGAACGGCGUGCAGUUCCUGCAGCUGGCCACGACCGACAUCUUCGAGGCGCCCGACCAGGACAAGCUGUACGAGGGCGUGCGCUUCAUCAACAGGUUCCUCCCCGCCUCAUCCAAGCUGCCUUUACCGGCGGGCGCGGAGGCCCCCGCAGAGGCCGGCUCGGUGUACGUGCACUGCAAGGCAGGACGGACAAGGAGCGCCACGCUCGUCGGAUGCUACCUUAUGAUGAAAAACGGCUGGUCUCCCAAGGAAGCAGUAGACUACAUGCGGUCGCGGAGGCCCCACAUCCUGCUGCACACCAAGCAGUGGGAGGCGCUCGCCAUCUUCCACCAGAGACAUGUGAAUAAGUCCUAGUAGACUGUGAGACCCUGGUACU